AUGUCGGAGGCCACAGCAGACAGCGUGGAUGUUCAGAGACGUCUGGAUGAGGUCGAAACAAGUCCGACAGAUAACUCGAGUGGUGCCGGUGGUGUCGUGGAACUCAACGAGCCUGUAAACGACGACCAUGAUCUCCGUGAUCCGUGUAUGCAAACAGAUGUGGAUAUGGUCGACGCUCUGGGAGGGGAGGUCGAUAUUGACUGUCCACCGAAAGAUGCAUCCAUAACUGAGACCUUAUGUACCGAGACCAGUGAACGCGUGAGUGUGGACGUGGGGACUGUGGCACGUGACUUUGUUGCGCCUGAGCCUGUCUUACAGGAGAGUAAGCGCCACACCACCAGCUCGGUCAUUACUGUGGAGGACAAGACUAACGAGGGAGGAAACUCUGAUGAUCGGGAUAUGCAUCUUGAGUCGCUUAUUGCAAACAUAGUCUCCGACUCCGCUUCUCCCAAAUCCCUCCACACGUUGGAUUGUGUGUCGCCAAGCAGGUUAGCUAGCUCCCGGGUUAGUGCCCCGGACAUGGGAGUCCCGUCUAUGUAUAAGGUGUGGCCCUCACAGACGACAUCAUAUGAUGGUGUCUUGGCUGGAUCUACGAAUGCCAUGGCAGAGGGUCUUAAGGUUAUGGAGGGGUGUCGUUCUGUUGAUGUUUCUGUGGACGGUGCUAUCGCCGAGGAAAAAGAAGGCAAUCCGUGUGAUAAUAAGUCCAGCGAAGGAAAACAAGAUCGUCCAGAGGCUAUGUAUGAAGAAUAUGUGGCCGAAGAGAGUCAAAAUGGACAAGGGAUGGUUGACGAGACCGAGGCAGGUCGAAUCCGUGAAACAGAGGUGGUCGUGGAUGCCAUAGACAGUGUUUUGUCCACUCAUGUAACAGUGAGCGACUCGUCCCCACCACCACCACGUUCUGCACAUGUGCCAUCCGAGUUGGAGAUUGCGUUGGCCAACACCUUGCUUGCGGGUGAGAGACAUGCACCGGGCGUGCUUUUUCCGAGGGUGGAUUUGCAGUCGUAUUCGCUCUUCCAGAAAACGCUGACGGUGGACAGAAAUUUUUUGCACAUCUCGCAGGACAGGUAUGAUCUUGAAAACUCGUUUUUCCUUGACCUUGCGAGAAGCCAGGAAUGGGUGUCCACUAAGCAUAUGGAGGUGCUGAUGACAUAUCUAGGAGCGAAGCACGCUCACGUUCUGGCGCAAGAGCACUCGUCUUUUGCAUCCCCUUGGUUUGUAAAAUACUUGCAAGGGAAAUAUCGCAAGUUCAAAGCGGCUAUAAACAAAAAUAUGGUGCGGUGGGAUAGUGCUAUAACUGACUACGUCACGUCGCCAGGUAAAUCUUGGCUGAACGAGAUACACACAGUAUACGCACCCAUGAUUUGGAACGACGCCCAUUGGGUUGGUUUGGCGGUACAUCUAGAGACGCAUUAUGUCAAGGUGAUGGAUCCUUUCCCAUCACUCUACGCGGAUAGAAAGGUGGAUGUGUUCAUGGCGCCUGUUGUGGAAAUGCUUCCUCACCUGAUAAGUAAGUUCUGUCCUUCGGCCACACAAAACAACAACCCUUUCACUUAUGCUAGGAUGUCAACGAUCUAUGAGAACAAGCGUGCUGGCGACUGCGGACCGGUGGCGGUUAAAUUCAUGGAGAUGCAUGCUUACGAUGACCCUCCACCUCACCUAGUGGGUGUUACUGAUGCAAUGGUGGAUGACUUUCGAAAGACAUAUGCGAUGGAGUUAUACCGGGAUUUCGUUGUCUUUUGGAGCAUUCUGGAGCAUAUUGGACAUGAGGAGCAUGGAGGGACUUGGCGCAUGGAAGCAGCUCAACUGGACACGCAAAGGAAGAAGGGAGAAGCCAUCUUGAAGACCAGCUCGACCGUCCACUCGACCAACCGGUCGAGUUCCUCAACUCGACCGGCCAAGCUUCAACUCGAUCGAGCUGGGGAGUCAAAGUCAAACCCGAAAAAUGUUGCUUCCCCCUUGACUUCCCUUUGA